GGCUGAACUGUAAAGACGUGUAUUUUCUAAAUAUCGUUACAAUGGAGCUAACAAACGAUUAUUAUUCUCAAGAAAUCGAAUUUACAAGUUAUUCGGACGUUACAGACAUCGUCAAUUGUGGUGAUACAGUGUGUAGCGCGAUUAACAAAGUGAAUAUUUGUGACUCGGGACCGCGGAAUCCCCGAAGUGUUGAAGUAAAUUACAAGUGCUCUAGAACCACUCACAAGCCUUUCCCUGAUUAUAUUGAGUGUAGAUUUUACGUUUUGAACAUGUACGCGUGAAUUAAAAUGGCUUAGCAUCCUCUUUGAUCUUGUAAAGUUAUUGUAUUUUUGUAAAAAUGGAUAAUUUUAGUGGUAGUCUUAUGCGUAAUAGGCGCAACCUUCUAGACAUAAAAGGUUUCACUCCGAACCAUUUUCCUAGAUCUAAUUAUUCGACUGACGCUCAUAUAAAGUCAGAUAUGAAGCAUACGUUUGAAGACGAUUUGUUUUGCAACUUCCAUCUACUAUCCGAUCCGUUGAAGAAAAAUUUGGCCGAUUCUGUGAUAACAGGCGUGGAAAAAAAGAAAAAUAUGUUAGAAACAAAGGAGUAUGCAACGAAGGAGGCUGUUAAGCCUCCAAACACUCAAAGAACGGAUUAUUAUCCGUCACUGGCUGGAAUUACAAAUUUCUUUUCUGGAGUUCUCAACAUAAUGGGUACUAUUUUUCAUAAACGCGCGAGCUCUCCCGCUUCACAGUACUACGAUAGUUUUGAUAGUGAUUACGAUGACCAGCAGUUGGCGCCGUCGAUAAUAUGGCAGACUUCCAACUUUGAGGUUCAAAAUAAAAAUGAACAACCAGACAUGCUGUUUGAAAGUAACAAUGAUUCUCAUACAAAUUUGGAUUCAGAUAUGAACGUUGAUUGUAGAACAGCAGCCACCCAUUGUGAAAAGAAAUUAAAUGAAGUAAGACUUCUACUUAGCAAUGAAAAUAAACAAAAUGUUCAACAUUCGAAAAGCAGUAAGUAUUCAAGAAGACCAAAGAAAGUUUUCAUAGAAGCCAGUUCCGUUGAAGAAAGCUUUGAAGAUGCUUUCUCACCAGAAAACUUUCUACCUCUCCCGAAUGAUACAUUUAUAGAAUACUACAGUCCGUUUAGUUAUCAUGAUGAAUUAUUGGUUGUGUCAGAUGCCCCACGAAUAAAGACUGAUUUGAAUGUUUUCAAUUCUAUGGACGUUACUAUAAAUCUACAAGAAGAUACAGAAAAUAAACCUUCAGAAAUAAAACAAAAUUUAAACACUGAAAACUGUUUAAAAGAUGAAAUCAUCCUGACUAAAACAAACGAUGAAGUUGUAUCGUCAUGUGAGGAUAAAAUUAGUAAACUCAAAGCUUUGUUACAGUCGAAAUGUCAUAAGUCUACAGCCAAAGAAACAAAUAAGGAAGUAGAUAUAACAGCACCUAUUCCCAUACCAAGCCCGGAACUUCCAAUAGAAACUGUAUUUGGUUCUGAAAUUAAUUCGUCGGACGUACAGAAUUCAAACAGUUCUCAAAACAGUGAUUAUUUCAACGAAGUAACUGGGAAAUUUAAUUCUUCAUCAGUCGAGAGUGACGAUUCAUUUCAAAUAGUCUUUACGGAUAGCCCAAAGAAUUGCAGAAAGCGGUUAUCAUCGGAUUGUGAGUCCGAAGACUCUUUUAUUGUGUUUGAGGAAUCGCCAGAUAGCUGUUACACAUCGAAUGAAGUGUUCGGUGAUGAAAUUGAUCUGGAUAAUGAUAGCUCAGAUGCCGACUCUAAUUACGAUGAAGAUUCUGGAUGUGGUGCUACGUGUAAAUUAUCACCGAAUCUGUCUAGGACGUUUUGUGAUUUGACAGACAAUAGCUUAUAUAGCCAGGAUGUUGUGGACAGUGUGCAAGUGAGUGUACCCAAUGUGGCGACAAAGGAGAAGACAGGGUUACUUCUCGAUGAAACAAGAAAGAAUCAAAAGAAGAAACUACCAGCUAAGAAGGUCCACUUUUCAACAUUGCCACCAAAGGUGCACGUGAUGAGGGUCUGGGCGUUUGCAGCGCGUCAGGCCAGGGCCGGACACUGGGAGAGACACGCGCUUGACCGGGAGAGAUUCAAGAGGAGGAUAGCGGAUGUAGAAAUGGCAAUAUCGUGGGUUCUCAAGCCCCAACAUCGUGCGAGAGUCAUAUUCCAAAGAUUCAGACCGUGGUGGAAUGCGCAGAAGCGGAAAGAAUUAGCGGAGAAGAAAGAAAUAGAAGAAAGAGAGAAGAGCCUUAAAUUGCAAACAGAAGAUCAAAAAGAGGCAGAUAAUUGUAAGUUAAUCAAUAAAUCAGACGAUAAUGGCAGUAAAGCUAGUUUAGACGAAAACACAGGUUCAGAUAAAAAAGAUUACGAUCAGAACGAAGAACAAAUUGUUAAAAAUUCUAGUGACAUUACAACAGCAAAUGUUGACCAAGAUUAUAUUCUAAACAACAACACAACUCAAGAGAAAUGUAAAAAUACAGAUUUGCCUAUUGAUGGAUACAUUUUUAAAUCACCAAAUAAUGAUAAUGAUAGGGACCAAAAUGAUUUAAAUACUCAAGCUAAUGAUAAUGAUAGCAAUGACAUUGUUUAUUCGAAUGAAAUAAAUAAUUCUAAUGAAACAACAAAUAAUGAUAUGUUAUUUAUUAAAAUAGGUGAUUUGUUAAUAACAGACGGCCGUGUUGAUACUUGACGAAUUGUAAACGUUUUAAAGAAGUCAUUCUUUCUAUAGCAGAAGUUGAUAUUCUAAAUGAUAAUGGUCCCUAACGUCAUAUUGAUAAAACCAUAUCAAUGCUAAAUAUCUUUGAUAACGGCCAAUUACGAACUUCGAUCACACAAUAAUCCUAUCCUACCUACGUUAUUACAAUACAGAGAAAUGUGUUUUAUGCUAUAAUAAGGUGUAUUGACGGCUUCGCUAGUAAAUCUAUAAUGAAAGAAUAGUUACACAGAUAUUUUCAUCUCUUUCUGACAUCAGUGAUUUUACCACAAAUAUCGAGUAGGCUAGAUAAAUGGAAAUCAAGCUUGUCAUCUUUUUUAUACCUCCGAUGACGUCACCUCAGCCGCACGUGAACAUCAUGAAUGAUUUUAAAAUUAAUUACAGCUAUUUGAGCAACAAAAUUAUUUACCAUACUUCCAUUGUCUAAUUAUUCUCUACAAGAGUUCUUACACUUUAUAACAGAACUACUACACGAACCCAAACUAAAGUAACAUCUAGCUUACUCUAAGCCUGUGGUAUUGCCAUAUAAAAGUAAAGACGUCACUUUGAAUCAAAACAAUGUUAGAUUUAUUUAUGUUUUAAAUAUAGAAGCGUUAGACUUUCCUUAGUGACUGUCAAUAAUUAACCAACGGUCAGCAGUCAACGAAGAUAUUCAGACUGUGUAACUAUACAACCACUAUUUAAUGUUUGAGGAAGAAGGAAGGGAGGGGGGAGGGGCGGUUUCUAGGGCUGUUAGAGUAUUUCAAACUUACUCGAGGAUCUAAAAGCCUCGACUGGAAUUCAAAUUCUCGAAUUCUUAAUGUUUGAUUGGCGGAUAUAAACGAUAAUUGCAGAUAAAUGAAAAAUUUGACCCAAUUAAAACUAGCGAAACGAAAUGAUUAACAUAAAUAAUAAAAUAAUUGAAGUUCAAUAUAUUCAAAGAAUGACUUGUAUUUUAUGUAUAUAGCGAUAGAAUUAAAGUGUUUGUCUGAAAAAUUUAAAAAUAUGAAAUGCAGAUAAAAAAUUGAAGCAAGAAAAUGUGUCGCCAGCACAAAAAAAAACAUUAAAAUUUAGUAAUAGUUUGAGUGAGGUGAGUCGUGCCUCGCAAUGACACGAUCCUGGCGCUUAAAUUGUUGCUAAUAUCGAUAAAAAUAAAAUUCUGUCAGAAUAAAAUUGUUUAUUUAAACUUCAAGAUGAGUAAGUUGAUAUUUUGAAUAAAGUAUGGUAAAGGUAAAGGUAUCGAUGUUAUUGCAAGGAAAUUCCAAAAAAAAUGGAAGUUAAAUAAUAUUUAUUAAUAUAAUUUUCUCAACACACCACUACUACAUGCGUAUAAUAAAACUAUAUGCAAAUUUAUAUAUUAUAAAAAAUUUGGUGCAAUAUUAUGUCAUAGGGCAAAUUGUUCAAAAACAUGUAUGUAUAUACACUUAAAGUAAUAUAUACCGUCUUAAAUGUCGAUAUAUACGUUAUUGUUUUGUUGUGUAUUGUAUAUUGUCGUCAUCAGAUAUAUGAAAAGAAAUAAAUAUCACGUCCAGAAAUAUAAAUAAUGAUCUGUACACGGUCUCAAUUUAAGUGAGAGGAGAAUGCUAGGAGAGGAAAAGGGAUUUGAGUAGUUUCAAGGUCGAAUUCGAAUAUCAUAAACGUCUGUCUCAUACAAGUUGCGGAGGUUAUCUUCGAGACACGGUGAUACCAAUUGCUAAGAUUACGUCAACCAAGAAGGGCACACUAAUUUAAUAAUAUUGUAUAAAAAUGAGGAUGCUAAGUGCCUAACAUCUUAGACUGAAAACGAUUUACGAAUUAAGAAAAAAAAAACAGGAAAACGGAAAAAAAAACCGCAAAUUGGAAAAUUGUAUGAUGUAUAAAUACAUACAGUUUUUAAUAGAAACUAUGUUUUAUAUAAAAAAAAAAAUGUAAUAAAUUAGAUGUAAUCUAGUUUUUAAUUGUUUAUAGUGUAAAAAAAAAAUUAUAUACUUGUUUUUUUUUUUUUUUUGUUUAAAUUCACUUUGCUUUUAUUUCAUGUGUUUUUGUAAUCAGAUUUAAGUUUUAAGCGACAACUCAUUUUUUUUUCUGUCUGUCCAGGUUUAUGUCAUUGCAUUUAUUUAGGGCUUUCUGCAAAAAAAAAAAACGAAAAACAGUAUAAGUGUAUCUCUAGAAAGAUAAUAUUUAAAAAGCUACGUAUAUGCUUUCAAAUUUAUGGUUUGUUUAACAGAUGAGCAUUUUUUUUUUUUGUAUAUUUCACAAUUGUUUUUUUUUUUUUUUUGUAAAAAUAUUAUAUAUGUGUUUAUAUUGUAGAAACGUUUGCCGAUAUGUAAAUAUUGUAUAAUUAUAAAGAAUAAUAAUAUAUUAAAUUUAGAUAUACACAUACUAUGUUAUAUCAAUAACGUGCAGUUUUGGUUUAUAUGUAACAUAGCAAGUCUAUGGAAAAUUUUCAAGGCUAAAGUUCAUGUAAUAAUUCUAAACUAUAAAGAUUUUAUACUUGUAAAGUUUUGAGCGAAAGAGACGGAGCUAUUGUGCGAAUUUUUCUCAACUACGUAUUGUAGUCUUGAACAAAGACGACCAGCUCUGACGUCACGAUCGCUUUGUCUCUUUCUCGUUCAUGUUCAUGUAUGUGUCAGUUUUAUUGCGAAACUCGUGGUAAUUUAAUCAGUUCUGAUAAUUUAUUUAUAAGGAAUUUUGUCGUUCGUUGUAAUUGUAUUUAAAUUUGAUUGAUUAAAUUUCUUGCAAUUUUAAUGUCACUGAUGAUAUUUUAAAAUGGCGGUUUUGCGAAUAAAACUGUAACAAUUAUUUAAAUUAUUGCAAACUGCAUGUAGUUGAUAUCAGCGCUUUACGCUCAGUAUGUCGAGUUAGUAAUUGUAAAUUUAUAGUAUUUUAAACAGAAUUGUGAUUUUAUAACACUGGGUUUGGUUUAAAUAAAUAACUUAAAUUAU